AUGAAGGUCAGGUCCAGCGAGCGCGUAGCUCGGAUCAACGAGCUCGAACUGAAGCACCAGAGUAAUGUCAACCAGAUGGAAUUGACGGGUCGUGACGAAGAAGCUCGUUUACUGAAACUUCGACUGUUGACACUACGCGAUGAAAAUGCUUCGUUGAAGGAUAGGCUGGUUCAGAGAGAUGCUCUCGUGAAGAAACUCUCCAAGCAAAGCAGCGACACACAGGCCGAGCUCAAAACAUCCAAAUCGAAGCUCAAAGCCCAGGAUACACAAAUCCGAAAACAGAGUAAUGCAUUGGAAGAUCUCAAGGCUGAGAUCGACUCGUUAAACGAAUUUAGACAAGACUCAAACAAGGUCUUGCAGGAGAAACUUGCCCUGAGCCGUAAGCUUGACCAGAUUCAACCCGAACUCGAACAUCUCCAGUCACAACUCGAAAAUCAUCGCGCAAUUGUCGCCCAGAAGCAGGAUCUCGAACGCCAACUCAGUUCGGUCGAAGUCGAGCUUGAAAAUGAGAAAAGAUCUAACCAACGCAUGCAAUCAAAAAACCAAAACAGCGAUGAAUGGAAGGAGCAGUUCGACGAAGCUAAGGAAGAAAUGGAAAGACUCAACAAAGAACAUAGCAGAGAGCUACGGGAAGUCCGCGGUGAAUACGAGAUGUUGGAAGACCGCAUGGAAGACACAAAAAGCAAGUUGAAGAAGACACAGACAGACUUGAAGGAUGCGCGGGCCGAGCUUACAUCUUGCCGUGCCGAACUAGAGGAAGCACGUAAGAUGAUGGCUAACAAUAAGUUGAGCAAGAAGAAUGCCGUCACAAAGGAACAACUGGUCGGAAAGAGGCGAGCUCAUGAUAUAAGCAUGGAGGAUAUCAGCAUCGGAACGCCAGGACCGGAUGAAAACACUCUUCGGCGCCCGUUCAAGAAGCGAGGCGCUGAACAGGCAUUAGUAGGUGAGAAAUCGACCUUCUCGAUUACGCCAUUCUUGAACCGCAGCAAGAAUAUAUCCGACAGCCUGUCAGACGAGCCAAGUGAAGUCCAUUCACCGACGGGUAAAACUGCUGAUGACCCGGAGCCCGUGGCACCUGUUGAGGAUGAAGUUGUGGAAGCUGGUGGUUCACUCUCCAUUAAAGCUUUAGAUGAAGCUUCUGGUUCAGAUGGCCAGUCAGAUGGCCAUGUUAGUUCUGAAGAGAUUGAAGAACCGAAGGCUCAGAAGGGACGGGGUAGACCAAGAAAGGCUCUCGAUGAGGCACCAACAGCAAAGAAGAACAUGCCUGUACAGGCAAAGAAAAAGGCAAAGUCAACAAAGGCUCCCGGCAAGCUUGCCGCGGUGAGUGAGGAAGUCGAGAUUGGUGAGACAGGGGCUGAGCCUCAGGCAAGGCCCAAAAAGAUGAUUGGGUUAUUGAAGUCUAACCCUGCUGCGGCGUUGUCGAGGCAUGGUGCUGAUGACGCAGAUGAGCGAAAGAAGAAGCGCAAGGUGCUCGGUGGUAGCAACAAGACUCUGUUUGAUGAUGAUGAAGAAGCCGAUCCAGCGCCAAAUCCAGCGAAGAUACAGAUGGGGGCUGGCCGUAGGGCGAAAGCGCCAUUGGGAGGCCCUCGUAAUGCAUUUGCCGGGGCGACCUUCUCUCCCUUGAAGAAGGAUAGAAGAGGAGUCGGUGCUAGUUUCCUCCAUUGA